GCACGCAUUGGGCCCGCGGUGCGCGCGCAGGUCGGUGUGGUGGUCGGGGGCGCGCUCGGGUAACCUGUACCCCACGUAGUCGCCGGUUACCGAUCGGACUAAGUUCCAGUGGUCAAGUUGAAAUGUCCCCAGAAGUGGCCUUGAACCGAAUUUCUCCCAUACUCUCCCCAUUCAUAUCUAGUGUGGUCCGGAAUGGGAAAGUGGGACUGGAUGCUACAAACUGUUUGAGGAUAACGGACUUGAAAUCUGGCUGUACUUCAUUGACUCCGGGACCUAACUGUGACCGAUUCAAACUGCACAUACCAUAUGCUGGAGAGACGUUAAAAUGGGAUAUCAUUUUCAAUGCCCAAUACCCAGAGCUGCCCCCUGAUUUUAUCUUUGGAGAGGAUGCUGAAUUUCUGCCAGACCCCUUGGCUCUGCAUAACCUCGCCUCCUGGAACCCUGCAAACCCCGAGUGCCUCUUGCUUGUGGUGAAGGAGCUUGUGCAGCAGUAUCACCAGUUUCAGUGCAGCCGCCUCCGCGAGAGCUCACGCCUCAUGUUUGAGUACCAGACGCUGUUGGAAGAACCUCAGUAUGGAGAGAACAUGGAAAUUUAUGCUGGAAAGAAGAACAACUGGACUGGUGAAUUUUCAGCUCGUUUCCUUUUGAAGUUGCCAGUGGAUUUCAGUAAUAUUCCCACGUAUCUUCUCAAGGAUGUAAAUGAAGAUCCUGGAGAAGAUGUGGCCCUGCUUUCUGUCAGUUUUGAGGACACUGAAGCCACCCAGGUGUACCCUAAGCUGUACUUGUCACCCCGAAUUGAGCAUGCGCUAGGAGGCUCUUCAGCUCUUCAUAUCCCAGCUUUUCCAGGAGGAGGCUGUCUCAUUGACUAUGUUCCUCAAGUGUGCCACCUGCUCACCAACAAGGUGCAGUAUGUGAUUCAAGGAUAUCACAAAAGAAGAGAGUAUAUCGCUGCUUUCCUCAGUCACUUUGGCACAGGUGUCGUGGAAUAUGAUGCAGAAGGCUUUACAAAACUCACUCUGCUGCUGAUGUGGAAAGACUUCUGUUUUCUUGUGCACAUUGAUCUGCCCCUGUUUUUUCCUCGAGAUCAGCCAACGCUCACAUUUCAGUCCAUCUAUCAUUUCACCAACAGUGGACAACUUUACUCCCAAGCCCAAAAAAAUUAUCCAUACAGCCCCAGAUGGGACGGAAAUGAAAUGGCCAAAAGAGCAAAGGCUUAUUUCAAAACCUUUGUCCCUCAGUUCCAGGAGGCUGCAUUUGCCAAUGGAAAGCUCUAGGAAACACCAGUGUUGAGAGGUGGCCAGCCAGACUGCGUGGUCCACAUGCGUGCCGGCGCACAGGGCUGCUUCCUGGAAGCCGCCUGGAGCGUCUUCACUGCAGCAUUCCGCUCACACAGCAAGUCUGCUUGCCCCAGGCAGCCCCGCUCUGCUGGAACCCAAACUCGAGCUGCCUGGCGGUACCCUGGAUCCUAGCGCCCUUCGCUGUUGUUGUUCCCUCUUCCUUCAUUAUAUUUCUUAGCUGGAAGAAAUAAACUCACAAGUCAUGAUGCAGUAAUUUUCCAGGGAAAGUAAAAUGUCAUAAAUACACACAUCUUUCUUCCAAA